GAGAAGAAGCCAUGACGGAUUGAUGUUUGGCCCUGUUGGCGUGUGUGCGCGUCCGCCUUACUUAAAAGCACUUCGGGGCAACUCCGUUCGCGAAAAGCUCUGGUCGGCCACUCGCCGAGCCAUAUGCCCUCAUCGUCUAUUGUCCCUCCCCCGAGCCGCAAGAUGAGCAAUCCCGGAUCGUCGACCCGUCGCACCAACGCCUGCGACGAGUGCAAGCGCCGCAAGGUCCGUUGCAACAGCCUCGAUCCCUGCCGGAACUGCUCGAAAGAUGGCAAAACGUGCAUUUACAGCUCGCCACUCCAUAUCAUCCGCAUCCUCGAAAAGCGCCUGAACCAUUGCGAAAAAUUGCUCGGAAGGGUGGAAAUGGUCUGGCGCGCUUACGUUCCUGACGUAACCCUACAAGAUGCGCUCCAAGGCAUGCCUCUCCAGGAGGCACCUGCUUCCACAUCGCUGCCACUCAUACCAACCCAGAAUUUUGGCGAGACGGAGCCAUUGAGUGCCGACGACCUGGAGUUUGAUGAAUCGCACGGGUUUUCUGACCUCGUCGACGGCAUGGCCUCACUCACCAUGGUGCCGCACCACGCCGGCUACAUGGGCAACGAGUCUGGUAGCACGGCAUUGAAGUUUCUGAAUGAAUUAAGUGCCUCUACACCGCGGCCAAGUACUGCCAGGAAAGCGAACGGCGCUGAGACUGAUGCAUUGGCGGCGCUCACUCGUCCACCUGAGCUAAACCGCCUGCUGGACGACUAUUUUGCCCAGUAUCAUCCCGCAUAUCCAAUUCUUCACGAGCCAACUUUCCGCGCACAGAUUGCCGGCGCUGUGGCAAAGCCUCGAGAUGGCUCCUGGCCGCUUCUGUAUCAUAUUGUGCUUGCUAUCGGCUCGUUCGUGGGUGCCUCCAGCUCGCAUAGACAGGACAUACAACUUUAUCAAGCCGCUCGGACCCAUUUGACAGCUGAGAUCUUAGAAAAAGGAUCGCUACCGUUAGUCCAAGCUCUCACUCUGAUGGGCAACUAUCUGCAAAAACGCAACAAACCAAACGCCGGCUUUAAUAUUCUUGGCAUUGCUGUCAACAUGGCGCUUGCUAUCGGCCUGCAUCGCGAGUUCCACCCUUCCAAGACAACGCCUUUUGUAAUGGAAGUCCGGCGCCGGACGUGGUGGACACUCUUUAUUUUUGAAGCUGGGGCUCGCCUGACCUUGGGACGUCCCGUGGUGUCGCUCUCCGGAGUGACCGUAGAAUUACCCGCAAAUAUCCACGACACCGAUCUAGCAGUCGAUAUUGACUCACUGCCAGCCCCGCAAAACGAACCUACAGUAACGUCCUGUCUACGAGCCCAGGUAGGACUUGCCAAGAUCGCCAAUACUGCGCACAUCAAACUCCAUUCAACGUGCAAUUUGAGAUCUUCAGAGGUCCUGCAAUUUGAUGCCGAAGUCCGCAACUGGCUCGCAUCUCUCCCUUAUUACCUCGCUUCUGGAAGCCAGUGGACCUCAAACGCGAAAAUGGUAUUGUUGUGGCGGUCUUCGCAUCUCCGGAUCAUAUUGUGCCGGCCUUUCCUCUUUGCCGCAAUCAGAGCUCGCUCCCUUCUUGACAUUCAAACCGUCGAUGGCCGGUACGCGUCGAAUCCGGUCUCGAUAUGUGUGUCUACCGCCUACGAGUGCAUAGUGUCUAUCUGCGACUCUUGGGCCUCGAAUCCGCAACGCAAUCGAGGCAUUGCCUGGUAUGCUGCAUACUGGCUUACAACUGCAGCUGUGGUCCUGGCGACCUGCCUGAUAUAUGACACCACGCAUGCUCUAGCUGACCAGUGGCGUGUAGAGUUAAAUCGAACACUGACAACACUAACAGAGCUCGGUGAUUACUAUGAUAUGGCGCUCAAGGCACGCGAUAUUCUCGGUGGAUACGUAGAAGGCUUCCUCACGCACUCUUCCACGGCCGAACUGUCGGCGCAGAAUACCGUCGAACAGAUCCUGGAGACCAUCGGCGCCCGGAGUGAGCCAUUAGAGCUUAUGGGCGUGCCGGGGUUUGACGAUUUUGCUAUGGAUCUCUUCGCCACGAAUUUUGAUGCUGGAGACAUGUGACCAGUUUCUGGGUGGAGAAUAAACAUCAGAAGACUCGACAAAAAACAACAGUUAAACGCGAGUGGGACUCGCCGUCGGUGAACUCCCGAGUGGCAAACUAUUUUGGCCGCUAGUUUUUGGCGCAACGUUAUUGAUUCCACAACGUCCCGACGCCGAACGCCCGCUCGGCAUUUGGCCGACCGCUGCUCCACUUGAGUGAGUAUUCUCUCCACACC